AUGGCUAAACGUAUCGCAGACUCUCAAAUGACGCGAGAAGCGCUAGACACAGCUGACAGUGACGACGAAAAACCAGUUUUUUCUUCCCAAGAGGGCUUCAAAAGAGCGUCCAGUGAUGUGCUCAGUAAACGCAAGAUAGCGCAGCCCAGAAAACGGAAACAGCUGGCUUUCGGUAGCGGAAAUGGGGCUGCCAACCAGGAGUCAUCUAUGGCCAAUGCUUUCUCGUUUGGGAAAUCAUCUUCCCCUUCCACAACGCCCAAUGCUUUCUCGAAUGCCACUUCUCAGCAGAAUGUCAAAGACGUGGGUUCCGCGGCCAGCGAAAUACCCGCGAAACGUAAUGCUUUGAAUUUACAGUUCAAGUCCAAACUUUCCGAAUACAUCUCGAAAGAUCCCUGCGCUGAUCUUUCAAGUGUCUGUGACCAAUACAAACGCUUCUUCCAGGACAUUGCAGCGCCAACCAGUGCCGCUACUGCCUCAGCUCCAGCUCCAGCUCCAGCUCCAGUUCCAAAACCUGCUACUAGGCCAGCAACCGCUAAACAGCCAGUGGUAUCAGAAUCGGAUUCUGAGUCUGAUGCUGAAAUCAAAGUCCAGGGUCCUACGUUCACAUUGACGGACACACACACAACGGCUAAAAAUCCAGUUUUCAGCUUCGGUCCCAGAAAGACUUCAAAACCUGACCCGAGCGAUUCUGAGAGUGAAGUUGAGAUUAAAGGCCCAUCUUUCUCUUUCAAGCCCUCUUCUUCCUCCACCACAGUCAGUUCUGUUUUCAAAAUUGACUCUAAGGCCUCUCGGAGUCCAGCUCAAACCAAUGAUACGAGCAAAUCUCUCGAUAACGAAACUUCCAAGCCUAGCAUCUCCACUGAAACCAAAACGGCAGCUGCUCCUGAGUCUGCUAAGUCCAGUUUUGCAAACGCUACAUUUGCACUGAACAACUCUACCUCUGAAGAGGCACCGAGACCUUCGUUCGGGUUUGCCCAGCCGUCCAAGAAUCUAAACAACUCUAACGAAACGCCCGAAAACGAGAAACCGUCGUUUUCUUUUGGGCUAAAUGGUGCUGCUAAGCCAACUGACAGCAAUGGGGGCGAAUCCAAGCCAUCCUUUUCAUUCGGGCAAUCAAAUCCUAGUCCAGAAGGUCCAGCUGGAACAAAGAAGCCAGGAUUCACCUUCGGCUCUUCUGGCACCUCUUCUGCUACCGCUGAUGCCACUAAGAAGCCCAGCUUCACUUUUGGAGGCUCAACUACUUCCGCUGGCACAGAUGCAGGCACGGCAAGCGACACCAAAAAGCCCGCAUUCACUUUUGGCCUCUCUAACACUUCCAAAUCAAAAGAACCUUACACUGCUACGGCGGAAGGGUUGAGCUUGACGAGUAAAGAUUCAGAGGAGAGGAAGCACAAACCCUUCACUUUUGGAUCCACGUCUAAUACCAAUAAAACCGAGAAUUCAAAAGCUACACCUUCUUUCGUGUUUGGUCAAAAGUCCGAAACACAGCAUGACAAUAAUGAAGGGCCCAAACCAUCGUUCACGUUUGGCUCCGCGAACACAUCUGCGGCCCCGAGCUUCAGUUUUGGUAAACCCUCUGAAGCCAAAGAAGCUCCGACGAGCGGAUUCAAAUUCAGUCUACCAUUUUCGACAAAUGCGGCUUCUAGUGAGACUCAAGAACAAAACAAAAAGCCUGAACAAGAAAGCGCCGUUGCGGCAGAGGCUAAGCCUGAGGAAGAUUCAAAGAUUAUGGCUAUGACAAAUGGUGAAGAGGAAGAAAAGCUGUUAUUCUCAAAACGCGCUAAGCUCCUGCUGGUAAAUCCUGAUACAAAAGGUUAUGAAUCUAGAGGUACUGGGGAAUUGAAGGUUUUGCAGGACAAAGAAGACAAGACUAAAUGCAGAAUUCUAUGCAGAUCAGAUGGUAUGGGGCAUAUUCUUCUCAACACGAGUGUUGUGAAGGCAUUCCAGUAUACUCCAGCCGAUGCGGAUAGAGAGAACUUUGUCAAGUGCCCAGUGGUGAACAGUGAGGGAAAGCUUGAGAACUACGUUAUUCAAGUCAAGCAAAAAGCAGAUGGCCGCCAAUUGUGCAAAUCUAUUAAAGAAGCUCAAGACGGCAUGUAG